UCGUCCAUUUUCGUUUGGUGCGUGGGGGGAGGAAAAAGAAAAAAAAAAACCUAACGGGACAACAUGGCUACGCAAACGGCCCGGUAUUAUAGCGAGGGAGGCAGGGCAACAAAGCGCCAAAAAACCGAUAACGAAGGAGGAAUGGCGACUGAGGGCUACGAAGACCCUCACAAACCUCUCCCCUCCCUUGUGGUCCAUGUAAGAGGACUGGUGGAUGGAGUUUUGGAAGCAGACAUUGUUGAAGCCCUGCAGGAAUUUGGAACCAUCAGUUAUGUGGUCCUGAUGCCCAAAAAGCGCCAAGCCCUAGUUGAAUACGAGGACAUGAGCGGCUCUUGCAACGCUGUAACGUACGCUAACGACAACCAGAUUUACAUCGCUGGAAAUCCUGCUUAUGUGAAUUACUCCACCAGUCAGAAGAUCUCCCGGCCCGGCGAUUCCGACGACUCUCGCAGUGUUAAUAAUGUUUUGUUAUUGACAAUCAUGAACCCCAUUUAUCCCAUCACCACGGACGUGCUGUAUACCAUCUGCAACAAUUGUGGGCCCGUUCAAAGAAUUGUCAUUUUCAGGAAAAAUGGUGUCCAGGCCAUGGUAGAAUUUGAUUCAGUCCAGAGUGCACAGCGGGCCAAAGCCUCUCUCAAUGGUGCCGAUAUAUAUUCAGGCUGCUGCACACUCAAGAUUGAGUAUGCCAAGCCGACACGCCUCAACGUAUUCAAGAAUGACCAGGACACGUGGGACUACACCAAUCCAAACCUGAGCAGCCAAGGUGCAGACGCUGAUGGCGAUGGGGGCGAACAAGAUAUGAAUGGCCACUCCAACAAGCGCCAGAGACAGCCGGCUCUGCUGGGACACCACCCUACAGAGUACGGUGGUUAUGGGUACCAGGAUGAGAGUUAUGGCGGGUAUGACGGACGCCGUGUGGGUCCAUCUAUGGGAGGCCCACGGAGGGGUGGGGCUACUCAGCGCUACAGCAGCCAGUACGGAGCCCCACCUCCACCACCACCAGGGGAAUACAGCGCUCAUGCGGAGUCACCAGUCAUGAUGGUCUAUGGUCUGGAGCCGUCCAAAAUAAAUGCGGACAGGGUGUUCAACAUCUUCUGCCUCUAUGGCAACGUUGAGAGGGUGAAAUUCAUGAAGAGCAAACCGGGUGCUGCCAUGGUGGAAAUGGGAGACUGCUAUGCCGUAGACCGGGCCAUCUGUCAUCUAAACAACUAUUUCCUAUUCAACCAGAAGCUUAAUGUCUGCGUAUCCAAGCAGCAGGCCAUCAUGCCAGGUCAGUCAUAUGAGCUAGAGGAUGGCACCAGCAGCUUUAAAGACUUCCACGGCAGCCGGAACAAUCGCUUUGCCUCCCCAGAACAGGCGGCCAAGAACCGCAUCCAGCAUCCGAGCAAUGUUCUGCACUUCUUCAAUGCUGCCCCAGAAGCCUCAGUUGAGGUCUUCUCUGAGAUCUGUGAUGAACUCGGUUUGAAGAGUCCAUCUAAUAUAAAACUGUUCGCAGCAAAAGGCGGUGCUUCCUCUGAGAGAAGCUCAUCAGGGCUUCUAGAGUGGGAAUCUGUUAAUGAUGCUAUGGAAGCCCUUGCCAUGAUGAACCAUUACCAGAUGAAGAACCCUAAUGGCCCAUACCCCUACACACUAAAGCUGUGCUUCUCCACUGCGCAGCACGCAAAUUGAAAAACCAAGUUCAGCAUCGCCACAACUUCACUGUCCCAUGUUCAUCGUCCUUCAUGUGUGCAGUCAAUAUCGAAUGUCUUUCUAUUGAGUGAGCCACAGCGCACGCUGAGAAUCAGCUUGGCAGAACUAUUAAAUCUUGUUUUUAUAGAAGAGGAGAAAGGUGAAAUGCUUUUGUACCAGUAUUUCUUUUCUUUUUUUUUUUCUUUUUUUUUUUUAUUGCUUUCCAUUAUUGACUGUUAGCUGUGUGCUCAGCACCUCACUUUUCCAAACGGCAGCCUGUAAAGGAAAGCCUGCAUUUUUCUCUAAUUGUAAAAUAAAAUUAGUGACGAUUAGUCCUUUGUCAUGGCUAUUUAAUAUACUAGUUAUUUAGUGUGAGACGCUGUUUUCAGUGACUUUGCUGAAUUUUAAUAAAUUGAGAAAUAUCCAUAGAUGUAUUCCCUUCAUGAGGCUCUGGAUGGUACUUUAAUCUGAUUUUAGUGCUGAUUACUUAACUGAUUUAAAAGAUAUUUUAACACUGAAAUGACACAAAAACAGGGGUCACAAUGGCCAGUGACACAGUGCUGUAUGAAGCUGUGAAUAAAUGCAUUUAUAGGAAAAUUAUCAAUGAGGAAAUUUGUUACCACCCUGUUGAUUAUUUUCUAAUAACAGCAUAUCCUUCUGCAUUUUAUUCCUCUUAUACCACAGUAUUCUUAAUUUAUUAAUGAAUUAUGUCUAAUUUUAAUGUGGGAUUUCAGUGAUUGAACAUUGUUCCUGUUAUCAUUUGUGCUGUAAUGUCAACAGUUCUUCCCUUUAAAAAAAAAAAAAAAAAAAAACACAGCUUGUUACCAAGAAAUGCACAAGCUCCUCUAUCCUGAAAACUCUCAAGGACCAUGAAGAUUCCUCCAUAAAUGUAUAAGAAACAUCUCAUUACAGAAAAUAUGUCAAUUUGAUGUGUUAAUGUGGUUUUGUUUUUUUUUUUUUAUAAAUAUUAUGAUGAUGAUUGGCCUUGGAUUGUGUAGUGACUUGCCUUUCAGCCAGCACUGUCCACUGUUACAGAAAUUGUCAAUACCUUCUGACCAAUCGGAAUCAAGAAUUCAGCACUGUGGUAUAAGAGCAAUGUGAUGCUUUUUAAUUAAAAGGAAACAGCAUGAACUCAUUAAUUACUGCUACAAGUUCAGCCUCUGGUGAUGCCCCUUACUCUGCACAAUUUGUUUUUGUUCUUUUCAUCUUAAACACAUGGACUUUGCUGCAGAUUUCAUUCAACUGAUCGUUAAAUAAACAGCAGGACUUUA